UAUAAAAAUGCAAACCAUUUUAAAAACCCUCAUUUUGGAUUUUAGUCCACUCUCUGAGAGGAAAUGGCAUCAGCUCAUGACAAAGCAGUUUUACAGGCCAUCUUCAACCCUACGAGCCCUUUUGGAGAUAUUCCUGGAUUAAAUCAAGAAGAUGAUCUUACAGAUGAUGACAGUGCUUUUGACCCAGAGCUAGUGAAACAGGUGAAAGAUCUGGAACUGCAGGGAGUUUCGGCUGCUGAGUCUGGAGACCUGCCCGCUGCUCUUCAGCAUUUUAACCAGGCCAUCAGGAUCCUGCCUCAAAGGGCUUCUGCCUACAACAACCGAGCCCAGACCAAACGCUUGCAGGGAGACACUAAAGGUGCCAUUGAAGAUCUGGAGUGUGCCAUCUCUCUCAGCAGUGGCAUUGGGCGAUCGGCCUGCCAGGCUCUGGUCCAGCGUGGGCUCCUUCUCAGGUUGUCGGGUCGUGAUGAGGAGGCUCGGGUGGAUUUUGAGAGAGCAGCAGCCCUAGGCAGUGAGUUUGCCAGGCAGCAGGCUGUGAUCAUGAACCCCUACGCUGCUCUAUGUAACCGCAUGCUGUCAGAGGUCAUCAGUAAACUACGCAACCCAGACGUGUCAGAGAUGCAAUAGAGAUUGAGUUAUGUACUUAUAAAUAUAUUCAUUGUAUUAAAACAAAGGCAUUCAUGUAUUAACUUUGUAUUUUAACUGGUUUUCAUAAGUGAAUAAAGUCAAAGCUUUUUCAAGUGACUGUCACUUUGGGGGAUGUGGGGAAUGCAAAAAAUACAAAUAUAUUUGUGUUUAUUUGUCA